AUGAUUAUUGUUGUUGUGGUUGUGAAUCUGAUGAUGGUGAGCUUGGAAGUGAAGGCACAGACACACAGAGUUCCUGCUUUGUUUGUGUUUGGAGAUUCAUUGGUGGACGUUGGAAACAAUAACUUGUUGAACACUUUGGCAAAGUCUAAUUACUUUCCUUAUGGAAUUGAUUUCAGAGGUGGUCCUACUGGUAGAUUCUCCAAUGGCUUCAACAUUGCUGACUUCAUUGGAAACCUGUUAGGUGUCCCUCAAGCAGCAGCAUUUGCAAACCCCACAACAAGGGGACCCACAAUACUUAAUGGAGUCAAUUAUGCUUCUGGGGCUGCUGGCAUCCUUCAAGAAACUGGCCGUCACUAUGGCGACAGGUUUAGCUUGAACCAGCAAGUGUUGAACUUUGAGAACACAUUGAAUCAAUUGAGAACAAUGAUGAAUGGAACAGCAUUGAGCCAAUACUUAGCCAAAUCAAUAGCAAUGGUGUUUGGAAGCAAUGAUUACAUCAACAACUAUCUCUUGCCUACACUAUACAAUUCCAGUUACCUUUACAAUCCCCAACAGUUUGGCAAUCUUCUCCUCAAUAGCUAUGCUCGUCAAAUCCAGGCACUAUACAGUUUAGGGCUAAGGAAGUUCUUCCUAGCAGGAGUAGGACCACUGGGAUGCAUUCCAAACCAACGAGCAAGUGCCCCACCAGGAAGGUGUGCAGAUGGCGUGAACCAGAUGCUUGGGACCUUCAAUGAAGGCCUGAGAGCAAUGGUUGACCAGCUCAACAAGAACCAUCCUGAUGCCAUGUUUGUCUAUGGCAAUACUUAUGCUGUUUUUGGUGAUAUCCUCAAUAACCCUGCCGCCUACUCAUUCAGUGUGAUUGAUAGAGGCUGCUGUGGAAUGGGAAGGAACCAAGGGCAAAUAACAUGUCUUCCAUUUCAAGUUCCAUGUCCAAACAGAAGCCAAUAUGUGUUCUGGGAUGCCUUCCAUCCAACACAAUCUGCAGCAUAUGUCUUCUCUUGGAGAGCUGUUAAUGGCCCACCUUCUGAUUCUUAUCCCAUUAAUAUUCAGCAGAUGGCUCUUCUUUAG